AUGGGGAUACUUGAUAAAAUCGCCGAUAUUGAGAAUGAGAUCGCAAGGACGCAGAAAAAUAAAGCGACGGAGUAUCAUCUCGGUUUACUGAAAGCUAAGCUCGCCAAGUACCGUUCUCAACUACUGGAGACACAAAACAAAGCUACCAAGGGUGAAGGAUUUGAUGUUAUGAAAUCAGGCGAUGCUCGGGUAUCACUAAUUGGCUUUCCGUCCGUCGGGAAGUCCACUCUCCUAAAUUCUUUGACUUCUACACACAGUGAAUGUGCAUCAUAUGAGUUCACAACUUUGACAUGCAUACCGGGUGUUAUUGAGUAUAAAGGCGCUAACAUCCAGUUAUUGGAUCUUCCAGGAAUAAUAGAAGGGGCGUCACAAGGAAAAGGGCGGGGGCGCCAGGUGAUUGCUGUUGCCCGAACGGCUGACCUCGUACUUAUGAUGCUUGAUGCCACCAAGCCGGAUGUCCACCGAAAGUUACUUGAAAACGAACUAGAAGCUGUGGGUAUUCGAUUGAAUAAAAACAAACCAAAUAUUUAUUUCAAGCAAAAGAAGACAGGUGGAUUAAAAAUCACAUCAAUGGUUCCCUUAACAAAGAUAAACGAGAAAAUGACUCAAAUGAUACUGCAGGAAUAUAAAAUAUUUAAUGCAGAAGUCAUCUUUCGAGAAGAUUCUACACCGGAUGAAUUUAUUGAUGUAGUAGUUGGCGGUCGAGUAUAUCUGGCUUGUCUUUACGUGUAUAAUAAAAUUGACCAAAUAUCACUUCAAGAAGUUGACAGAUUAGCAAGACAGCCUCAUUCAGUUGUUGUUAGUUGCAAUCUAAAACUGAAUUUGGAUUACCUGCUAGAAAAACUUUGGGACUAUUUGAAUUUAAUUCAAGUAUUCACUAAAAAACGUGGACAAAAACCAGAUCUUGAUGAAGGAAUUAUUUUACGAAACGGUUCAACAGUUGAACACAUUUGCCAUUCAAUUCACAGAUCUUUAGCAUCACAGUGUAAAUGUGCUCUUGUGUGGGGAACAAGUGUUAAAUUCAGUCCACAACAUGUUGGAUUGAAUCACGUCUUACAUCAUCACGAUGUUGUGCAAAUUGUAAAGAAAUAA